UUGUUAUUCAUUAUUUAAUGUUUUUACAACUGUUUGAAUUCAACUCGCGGAAACUUCAAAUAUUUAAUUUGUGCAUCAGUUUACAGUCGUAAGAUAACAUCUAUAAUGUUUUUCCCAUGCAUACUACCUAACACUUUCAUAUGUGUAAUACCAUGCAUUAUCAGUUAUAUAAUAGUCAAUAGCUACUAUAGUAAUUCUUAUUGAAGUACCACCCGUUGAUAACAUAUUGAUUCACUGUUUUCACCAUUGUAACCUUGAACUUGACUAGCGUAUUCGGCGUUUCUGGGGAGUGUCUGCAAUCUUAUAUUAGUAACUGUUAAUUGUACUUUUUGUAUCGUUUUUAUUAAUAAUUAUGGAUCCAGCGGUCUUCCCCGAAGAAAUUUGGAUUAAAAUUUUAUUAUAUUGCGAUGUACCUGAUAUUAUUGCUUUCGGUAGCACGUGUAAAUACUUGAGGAAAACUUCGGAUACAGACUAUCUAUGGAAAAUGAAGUGGCUACAAUUGAUUUCAAAAGUACAUUUUAGAUUUCCAGACAUAAAGUGUUUACAGCUGCUUAGUGUCAGUUUCAAAGCGAUGUGUUAUAGAUUACAUAUGGUAAUCACAUUAGGAGAGAAUGUUCCUUUCCCAAAAUGUUAUCACUGCAGCGGUUACACAUGUCAAAGAAAUUGUGUGGAAGGUUCCAGUGCAAAAGUUGUAAUCGAAAUUGGAAAUAAAUACACAUGGGUUAUUAUACCAAAUUUUGGAUUGAGAAGACAUUUCUCGAUGUUUGGUAUACCUAAAUAUAACAAUGAAACACAUUUGGAGCAGACUCAAACACAAAAUGUACCGAGUGGUAGCGUAAGGCCAAAGUGUGAUGGAAAAUCAUUGGCUAAAAAAUUGAAAUUACUGAAGUUAUCGGAAUUAGCAACUGCUAAAAUUCCAAGGCCCAGUGGUCCAUUUUGUGUCUUCUGUAAUCCUGUAAAAUUAUACAGAGAAAAAACGAGAUUAAUUACGAAUCAAAAUGAUCCAACAUGUUACACAAGACCAAAUCCAAUUUAUGAGAAACUUAUAAAUGGAUAUUGCACUGAUACUGUUGAAGUACUUGGAAUUCCAAACGUCGACGUUGUUAGUCCAGCAGAGGCAUUAUUAAGCGAUGGGACAUUUCCUGUUCUUAAGACUUUUGUUGAUCACUUGUUUCAUCAGAUGAGUUUAACAUCAAUAUUACGAAAACCUAAUGCGGUGCUCAUGUUCUGUGAACCAUUAGCUAUGCAUCCAACAUUAAGGAAACAAUUAUUGCACUACUUGUUCCAAGAAGUUAAAGUAGCAAGAGUAUGUCUGGUUCCAAAACCUUUGGCAGCAUGCGCGAUGCUGAGCGUAGAAACUUGCGUGGUUGUUGAUAGUGGAGCUCUUAGUACAACGGUAGCUGUUGUGAUUGGCGGUCGUGUUAUACCGCAACGUUGGAGGUUGUUACCUGUAGGUGGUUGGCAUGUAGCUUAUCAUUUAAAACAAGCUAUGCACUGGCAACCAAAAGAGUAUCAUCAAAUUCCUAUAACAUAUUUGGACACGUUAGCGGUCAAAGAAAGAUGUAGACUAAGUUAUAAUAUUAAAAAUGAAGAAAAGCGAGUAGGACAAAAAUCUAGGGAAUAUAUUAAUCUUAGAGUUGAUAGUUAUGCUGACUACAAACAAUUUUGGAGAGUUUCCUUGGGUUCGGAAUUAUAUAUUGCUCCUGAAAUGAUGUACAUCAAUCUUGGUUUACCGCAAGUGAUAAAGGAUGUAACUUCAGGUUUAUCUGAAGAUUUAAUGUAUGAUUGCCUUUCGAACAUAUUACUUACCGGAGGCAAUACAGAUCUUUCAGGUUUUGAAUUAAGACUAACUAAAGAUUUACAAGAAAUAUUACCUGAACAUAGCAAAAUUUUGGAAGUGAGAAAUUGUCCUGGUACACAUAGUUGGAAUGUAGCUAUGGGUUCCACAUACGUGCCUUUAGCUGUACAUCCUGAUAAAACUCCACCCGAAUACAUAGAGGGUAAUCCAUUCUGGUUAUCAAGGGAAGAGUACGUUUUAUUUGGAUGCGAAUCGUUGGAGUAGUAAAGCUAUAAUAAGUGAUCCAUUGCAAAUUAAUAUUUCACUUAUUGUAUAAAUGCAGAACUUUUUCUUGAAUUGCCUUUAAAGUAGACACAUGCAAUCAUAGAUCAUUGAGAGGACAUUCCAAGAUGAGGCACUUGGACGAAAUUAAAAAUUGACGCUUCCGAGCCUCACUUUAUGCGACAAGGGAGCGGGAAGUUUCAACUCAUCCAGCAUGAAUUCAGUGAUUACUAGGGUAAACGUAUGUUUCUGAAUCCAUGUCUUUAUUCUUAUACUUACUAAUCAUUCAUCCUUUCUUCUUAUCAUCAUGUUCUUUAUUCAUAAAACUAACUACACUUCAAUUCCCUUCAAAUUGAAAAGUAUCGUUAUAAGAUGCAUUCAUUCAGCUGGAUUUCUCCACAUUCCAUUACCCGCAUAUGAAUAUAAUCUAGGAGUUUCAUUUUUUUAUCAGUAAUUUAUUGGUUAUCGAUGAUUAAAUCAUAAUGUGACGUUUCGAUAUCUUAAUAAAUCCUUAUAAGAGGAUUUCAUAUUUUUCUCUUCAUAGAUUCUUCCAUUCGGAAUUUUAACUAGUAUGCCAACUUUUAGUUAAAGUCAUCUAAAUUCAACAAUACAGAUUCCAAUGAACUCCAUGUGUCUGGUAAAUGAGGCCUCAAUUCUUUCAUAUUAAAAUGAAAUUGAAAGAGAGCUUUAGUUAUGGGAUAUCGUUAAUCUAAUCAAGUUAUAGACAAUUUUCUCUGCUUCAAAUUUCUAUUUAUAAUAUUCCUAGUUCACUGUAUAACUUAUCCCACUAAGAUGCCUUGUCAUUUCAUAUUCAUAGUGAAUUGCUAUUUACCGUCAUACAUAUAAACUUAGUUCCCCCUUCCCUAAUGAUUACCUUUGUGUACAUAGUUCAUGUAGUAAAUUGUUUUGUAAAUACGAAAUACCUAAGCUAAAUCGCUUAAGUUAUACUGUACAAAUAAAUAAUUCUAGAAAGUAUUAUUUAGACACAAGUAUUAUUAUAUAUAUACAUAUACGUAUAAAUAUAUAUUAUAUGUAUAUAUAUAUAUCGUAAAUAUAGUAUUUCUAAGAAACUGUCCACGAUUUCGUACAUUUGCAUUACGUAAUUCUUGCCAAAAUAAGAAAUAUAUAAUAAUAGCAAGAAAAGAAAGGAGUAAUAACGUUUCUAGUCACUUUAAAUACAAUUAAACUAUUUACAUUUUCUUCCAAAAUAGUGAGCAUAGUACUAUUGGAAAAUAAGAAUUCGUAAUUAUUAAGAGUAUAAAUAUUUAAGAUUUAGCUUCAUAAAGUAUAAAAUUAUGACUGUUGUAAUCAUAAUUUUAUGAACAAUUUAAUAUGCGAUUAUUAUUUGUAAUAUGUACAGUAAAGAUGUUUUAUCGAUUAACGAAUUGUAAUUGGACUAUUAAAACAAACACAUUUUAGUACUACUUCAUACAUCUCUAAUAAUGUACAAGUUAAUUGAACAAAAUGUUUAUAUUAUAAAUCACAUUUUUUAUCAAUGGGAAUUAAUGUGAAUUAUUACGUUAUUGUAAUAAAUUGUAAUUUAUAAUAUUAUACCUGCUGCUAGGUUCUUGUAAAACGUUUAAUAUCUCUAUAAUGUAAACAUGUAUAUAAUUUAACUUAAAUUAUAAAAUAAUAUAAGUAUCUAUAGUAUAAUUUUCAUGGGCAUAUCUUUUAUAUCAAGUAGAUAUUUCCUUUAUUUUUGUAUAAUUAAAAUUUUUUUAUGUUGUUUCUCUGAAAAAAAACCAAUGCUACGACUUUAAUUAAAUUAAAGAUUUAGGUACUACUAUAAUUACUAUUACUUUGGGAGGAAAAAAAAUACUUAUUAUCAUAGUACUUUAUUACUAAAUUAUUUUUUCCAUGUAUGAAAGAUGACAUACAUGGAUUAUAUAGGCAGCAUGAUAAAUUGGGAGGUUAUGUUUACUUGUUACUCAUAGUUUGAAACAUUUUAAAUUAUUUUAUAACUUGUAUAUAAAUGAAAGUUAUAAAUAUGUUUCUUAUUAGAAAUAGUAAGAAGAUCAAUAUUUUACAAUUAUACGUGAAAUUUUGCUAUUUGUACAUUUCGUAAAUAAAUCAUUUUCAUUUAUAGUA